AUGGAGUGGAGUCGGCGAGCCAUCCCUGUCUCUGGUGAGAACUAACUACUUACAAGGGUUAGGGUCCAUUCCAUUUCAGUUCAAGUCAAUUCAGAAAGUAAACCAAAUUCCAAUUACACCCCCCUUGGAAUUUCAGUGUACUUCCUGAAUAGACAGACAUUUUUAUUGAAUUGAUCCUAACCCAUCCAUCUAAAUCAAAUCAAAUCAAAUUUUAUUUAUUUUAGUUACAGUAAAACGGCAGCCAUCUUCUCCGGCGCCACAAUGCUAAAAGUCAGAGAUCUCCAAUGAUCAGCAUUACCCUAUAGCAUGUUACACAAUGUGUCAUAUAAUGUUAUUAAAGUGCAUUCACAUUAAUAUUAUUAAUUAUGACUAAUCAUUCAUAUUAUUAUUGUGGCUUUACAGGGAUUGUCCUACUUUUAAUGAGGGUCACCGGGCAAAUAGGUAAAUGCAUUUUUAAUAAAGCAGACAGACAGACGGACAGACACAAAAGCAAUCACCAAAAAAAAGAGAGACAGACAAAACAAACAAUCCAAAUCAAUUAAUCAAUGAAUGAAGGAUCAGUAUUGGCCACUGUGAAAGAAGCAAUACAUUUAAAAAUAAUAAAUAAAAACAUGAAUUAAUAAGUAAGUUAAUUAAUUAAUAAAUCAACGAAUCAAUGCAAGGAGUCCUCUGUAGCUCAAUUGGUAGAGCAUGGCGCUUGUAAUGCCAGGGUAGUGGGUUCGAUCCCCGGGACCACCCAUACGUUAAAAUGUAUGCGCACAUGACUGUAAGGUGUUUUGGAUAAAAGCGACUGCUAAAUGGCAUAUUAUUAUUAUUAUUACAAGCAUUGACCACUGCAACAGAAGCUAGGCCUAAUAAUAACUUUCAUUCAGUUAAUGUCCCAAUUAAAGGUAACUAAUUACAUUUAAUACAUGUUGGUGCAGGUGUGUGUGUGUGUGUGUGUGUGUGUGUGUGUGUGUGUGUGUGUGUGUGUGUGUGUGUGUGUGUGUGUAUGUACAGGGGGGUGGGGAUGUGUAUAUCUAAGGUGUAUUCACUAGGAACCAAACGGAACAAAAUGGACGAAAUGGGGAAGGACUAACCUGCAAAACGUUUUAUGGUGCAAAAUGUAUUCUACAGGGUGCACUUAAGCAAUAAGGCCAGAGGAGGUGUGGUAUAUGGCCAAUAUAUGAAUACAGCCCUUACUCGUGGUAUAUUGGCCAUAUAAUACAAACCCAAAGGUGCCUUAUUGCUAUUAUAAACUGGUUACCAACUUAAUUAGAGCAAUAAAAAUAUAUGUUUUGUCAUACCCAUGGUAUACAGUCUGAUAUACUACGGCUGUCAGCCAAUCAGCAUUCAGGGCUUGAACCACCCAGUUUAUAAUAAUGAAUUAACAUGUGUAUUAUAUCUGUCUCUGUCACUCAAACAGUGGCAUUGAGAGGAGUGGCUUCUCAGUCAUCACAGUUUUAUGAUCGCAAAGCUCAAUAUGCCAUUGAUGGAAAAAGAAACACAAACUAUGGAUCCUGCACCUACACUGAACAGGACACCAACCCCUGGUGGAGAGUGGACCUGCUGGAUGUGACCAGAGUGACAGCUGUCACCAUCACCAACAGAGACGAUGUUCCUGAGAGGCUUGAUGGUGCUGAGAUCCACAUCGGUAACUCACUGGAGAACAACGGCAUCAACAACCUCAGGUGAGUAGUGAAAUAGAAUAGAUAACAUUGUACUGUAAUUCUGAUUAAAUUGUACAGUUUAUGGGAUUCAAUAAAAAUAACAGUUAUUCAUUAAAUGUGUUGAUAUUUUCAGUCAUACUUUAGUGAAGAAGCAUUUUAACUACAGCAACGCACGCACUGUACAAUAUCAUGUAUCUCUCUCUCCCCGACCCCCCACACCUCUGUCCCCCACCCUCUCUCUCUCUUUACUUCUCUUUACUCCAGAUGCGCUAUCACCUCUCUCUCUCUCUUUACUUCUCUUUACUCCAGAUGCUCUCUCUCUCUCUUUACUUCUCUUUACUCCAGAUGCUCUCUCUCUCUUUACUUCUCUUUACUCCAGAUGCUCUCUUCUCUUACUUCUCUUUAAUCAGAUGCUCUAUCUUUCUCUCUCUCUCUCUAUCUCUCUUCUCUCUCUCUCUCUCUUCUUUACUUCUUUUACUCCAGAUGGCGCUCUCUCUCUCUCUCUACUCUUCUCAUACUCUCUUCUCUCUUCUAUCUUUACUCCAGAUGCUCAUCUCUCUCUAUCUCUUUUACUCCAGAUGCGACUCUCUCUCUCUCUCUCUCUUCUCCUCUCUCAUCUCUCUUCUCUCUUUACUCCAGAUGCGCUCUCUCUCUCUUUUACUCCAGAUCUGCUCUCUUAUCUCUCUCUCUCUUCUCUAUCUCUUCUCUUCUUUACUCCAGAUGCGUCUCUCUCUCUCUUUACUCCAGAUGCGCUCUCUCUCUCUCUCUCUCUCUCUCUCUCUCUACUCUCUUUACUCAGAUGCGUCUCUCUCUUCUACUCAGAUGCUCUCUCUCUCUCUUUACUCAGAUCUCUCUCUCUCUAUCUCUCUCUCUCUCUCUCUCUCUCUCUCUCUCUCUCUCUCUCUCUCUCUCUCUCUCUCUCUCUCACUCUCUAUCUCUCUCUCUCGUCAUAUCCCACAUCCCAGCAGGAGAGACCAACACCUUCCAGUGUAAUGGGAUGGAGGGUCGCUAUGUUGUUGUGGUAAUCCCUGGACAGAACAAGAUUCUCACUCUGUGAACUCUUAACCUCUUAUUUCAGACCCAUAAACCCCUCUCCCCUCCACUCCUCCUACUACCACUACUAUCCCCCAUCUUGUAAACAUGUCAAAUGCCUACACUGUAAGAUGGUAAAGAAUAACUUGUCAUUUCUGUAUUAAAACAUUAUUCUCUAUGUCACUGUUGUAAAUGUAGCUUUGAAAGGAGUGGCCACCCAGUCAUCACUGUAUGGGGAUGGCAAGGCUCACAUUGCCAUUGAUGGGAACAGAGAAUCAAACUAUAAGCAAGGAUCCUGCACCCACACUACAUAGGAGACCAACCCCUGGUGGAGAGUGGACCUGCUGGAGAAAUUUACAUUUACAUUUACGUCAUUUAGCAGACGCUCUUAUCCAGAGCGACUUACAAAUUGGUGCAUUCACCUUAUAGCCAGUAGUACAACUACUUUACAAUGUUUUUUUGUUUUUGUUUUUGUUUUUUAGGGGGGGGGGGGGUUGGGGUAAGGGGGGGGGUAGAAGGAUUACUUUAUCCUAUCCCAGGUAUUCCUUAAAGAGGUGGGGUUUCAAAUGUCUCCGGAAGGUGGUGAGUGACUCCGCUGUCCUGGCGUCGUGAGGGAGCUUGUUCCACCAUUGGGGUGCCAGAGCAGCGAACAGUUUUGACUGGGCUGAGCGGGAACUAUGCUUCCGCAGAGGAAGGGGAGCCAGCAGGCCAGAGGUGGAUGAACGCAAUGCCCUCGUUUGGGUGUAGGGACUGAUCAGAGCCUGAAGGUACGGAGGUGCCGUUCCCCUCACAGCUCCAUAGGCAAGCACCAUGGUCUUGUAACAGAUGCGAGCUUCAACUGGAAGCCAGUGGAGUGUGCGGAGGAGCGGGGUGACGUGAGAUAACUUGGGAAGGUUGAACACCAGGCGGGCUGCGGCAUUCUGGAUGAGUUGUAGGGGUUUAAUGGCACAGGCAGGGAGCCCAGCCAACAGCGAGUUGCAGUAAUCAAGACGGGAGAUGACAAGUGCCUGGAUUAGGACCUGUGCUGCUUCCUGUGUAAGGCAGGGUCGUACUCUCCGAAUGUUGUAGAGCAUGAACCUACAGGAUCGGGUCACCGCCUUGAUGUUAUCAGAGAACGACAGGGUGUUGUCCAGGGUCAUGCCAAGGCUCUUCGCACUCUGGGAGGAGGACACAACGGAGUUGUCAACCGUGAUGGCGAGAUCAUGGAACGGGCAGUCCUUCCCCGGGAGGAAGAGCAGCUCCGUCUUGCCAAGGUUCAGCUUGAGGUGGUGAUCCGUCAUCCAUACUGAUAUGUCUGCCAGACAUGCAGAGAUGCGAUUCGCCACCUGGUUAUCAGAAGGGGGAAAGGAGAAGAUUAGUUGUGUAUCGUCAGCAUAGCAAUGAUAGGAGAGGCCAUGUGAGGAUAUGACAGAGCCAAGUGACUUGGUGUAUAGCGAGAAUAGGAGAGGGCCUAGAACUUAGCCCCGGGGGACACCAGUGGUGAGAGCACGUGGUGCGGAGACAGCUUCUCGCCACGCCACUUGGUAGAAGCGACCGGUCAGGUAGGACGCAAUCCAAUAGUGAGCCGCGCCGGAGAUGCCCAGCUCGGAGAAGGUGGAGAGGAGGAUCUGAUGGUUCACAGUAUCAAAGGGCAUGGUCUAUAUUUAGGGAAGUUAGUGGCUAACUCAUUUUGUAAUUGUUUUAUUUAACCUUUAUUUAACUAGGCAAGUCAUAAAGAGAGUCCUAAGAUAACAACAUAGCAUGGCAGCAACACAUGACAACACAGCAUGGUAGCAACACCACAUGACAACAACAUGGUAGUGUGGGAAAUUAUUAUCUUAUAUUUUAGAUGUGCUGUUAGCUUAAUAAGAAAGCAUUAAUGAUUAAAAAUAAUAGGUUUGUACUGUACUGAUAUAGAUUGUUUAACCUAACAAGCUGUGAUUAUUGUGAGGAACUGUUAGGGGGUAGGGUGAGAUAAGGCUUGUGACUCACUUACACAAACACAGCCUCUUUUUUAGACCGCUCCAGGACAUGUGUACUGCAAAAGUGCUGACUCUCUGGACAAGUUGCAAAACAACUAACACCUGGCAACAGUGAAGCGCCAAGGGACUGGGACCAGCCUGAGCACCAACGAUAGGCUGGGUAAGUUUAAACCACGCCCAGCCUCUACUCUGAUAGGCCUGCUUGGAGCAGGAACUAUCUCUGUCAGAGUAUUUAAAGAAGAACUUAUAACAAUGGCUCAGUUCUCUGACUGCCCUGCGUGGUGUUUCAGUGGACCCGUAUAUACGAACAUCAUAUUUACCAUUGAAGUGUUUUGCAUUAAUUAAAAUACUAGUCUAUUUUAGAAGACGUGUAUUGACCUCUUUUUGUUCCUAUACUAGAUUUGAAUUGACGCAACUUAACAGUAGCAACACAACAUGGUAGCAGCACAAAACAUGGUACAAACAUUAUUGGGCACAGACAACAGCACAAAGGGCAAGAAGGUAGAGACAACAAUACAUCAUGCGAAGCAGCCACAACUGUCAGUAAGAGUGUCCAUGAUUGAGUCUUUGAAUGAAGAGAUGGAGAUAAAACUGUCCAGUUUGAGUGUUUUUUGUUCUCUGAACCAUAAUGAGUGACGUGGAUGGUAUGUUCCACGACGCGCCAGUGGAGUAAGAGCUCUCUCUUAAUCCGUUGUUAUUUGAAUAUGUUGGUAACAGUUUCAUAAAAGUAAUAAGGCAUGUAUCAUGAAUACAGUCACAGGUAAAUGGGUUGACUAUCGCGUUACAGUCACAGGUAAAUGGGUUGACUAUCGCGUUACAGUCACAGGUAAAUGGGUUGACUAUCGCGUUACAGUCACAGGUAAAUGGGUUGACUAUCACGUUACAGUCACAGGUAAAUGGGUUGACUAUCGCGUUACAGUCACAGGUAAAUGGGUUGACUAUCGCGUCGGGCCGAACAACACCAUUUGCCUGUGACUGUAGACAUGAUACAGCCUCUUGUGCCUUUUUGCUUAAAUUACAUUCCUAUUACGUCACAAUAACAGUUAGUUAUACGUUUCCACUUAUGUGGAAGGAAUGGGAAGAUGAUAAGUAUCUGCACCUGCAGAGAGGUUGGUUGGGAAUGUAAACUGGCAGAGAGGUGGGUUUGGAAUGCGAACUUGGCACGUACUGCAGUGUUCUUUCUGUCACACCAUUUCCUGGAAAACAAAAAUGUACAUCUGCCACCAAAUAAUGAAAGUUAACUUAAGAAAUCUCUCCCCUAGUGUGGUAAUCUGACACAAUAAAUUAGCCAGCUAACUUUGAUUAAGCACCAGAAAUAAGUAUUGAUUUUCUGGUUCAUUCAGAGAUCUAAACCUAGAUAUGCGUUUAAGGUUGUUGAGUUAAUUACACCAUGCCCAUUUCAUGCUUAUCUUUCUAAAACAUAAAUUAUUCAUAAAAAUAUUUAGGCAUAUUAGCUGGCUAACCCACAGAUCCUGCUUUGUUGUAAACCCCUCAGGUCUAAAAUCUGUAUGUGUGUUUUAUCCAACUCUGAUUAUUGUUGUCAACAUGGCAGAAUAAUUAUUUGUCACUAUGGGGAAUAAUCUUCCAAGAGUCCAUAAAAAACAUAGAAAAUACAUUAUUAUAAGAAAUUGAUCAGGGGACCAUCUUUUGUACCCUUGAUAUGGCUGUGGAGGAGUCCAGUAAGCUAUACAGUCGGGAACUAUCAUAUUUUUGUUAGAAAUACAUGUAUACCUUCAUGCAUUUCCUGUGAUACUGCUGCACAAUUUACAGGAAAAAUAAACAAAGCACCAUUUAACCCCGCCCCCCCCCCCCACCCCCCAACUUGUUUUCAUUUACAGUGAAAUGCAACUUGAGUUAACAAUGAGAUCUUAAUCAUCACUGGAAUCUAAUCUGUCCAGUUCACCUUGGAAACUACACACAGAAUGUUGCAUAGAGACUAACUAGAUAGGGAAAAAAACAUCAACCUGAACCGGUUUGAAUGUGGGUGGCUCAACUCAAAUUUGUCUAUAAAAGGACACAUCAUCCAGGGUCAGCCAUUACAUAACAAGAACCAAGACAGGUAAUAACUUAGCAACCUACGAUUAUCAACCAUCAAAUUAAUGCAAUACAAAGGCUGUGCUUUCAGAUCAAAUUUAUUUUAGAUUAGAAUAAUUUAUUCUCCGAAGUGUAUAUGUUAAUGUGAAAUUAUGCGUUCCUUUCCAGACUCAGCUGUGAUUCCCACAAAAAUAUAGAACCUUCUUCAAACAGACAAAGGUAAGGGCAAUGUCAAUAGUUUCCAUUGUUUCAUCAUAAAGAAAGGAGGACCAAGGCACUCAUUAUAUAAUUAAUUAAAAUGCCUUUAUUUGUAUGGCAUGUUCAAUAGAAACAACGUCCACUAGAGGAAAAUGUCCACUAGAUUACAGCAAAGGGACCUCUCACGAACCUACAGGAAAGGUGAGAAAUCCAUAUCUUCAUUUAGACCAGUGUACUUAGUGGCCUGUAGUUUGUAAAUCCAAAAACGUUCCCUUUGGUUUAGUUGUCUAAUUGAGGCCGUAACAUGAUCAAUACCCAUAGCAUGUAGGGAGGCAGGGUUGCUAUGGUGUAAGGACUUGUAGGGCCUUGCCAUGGGGGGAGUCUUCAUUGCCUACCCAUAUGGUGUACUUGUGUUCCGCUAAGCGGUCUUGAAGGCAUCUCUUUGUCCGUCCAAUGUAGAACACCUUGCACUGUGGACAUUCCAAUCUGUAGAUGACAUGAGUGGUUUUGCAGUUAAUGAAAUGCUUGACUUGAUACUCCAUUUUAGAAGCUGUUUGAAAAAAAUACAUUUUCUGUGCAAUAUUUCUGCAAUGGUUGCACUGGUUGCAUUUAAAAGAGCCCCUGGGUUUGUGGUAUAGCCACGUUUUUUGAGAGUCACCUGGAAGAUAGCUGUGGACUAAUUUAUCAUUUAGGGUAGAACAUCUCUUAAAGCUAAUGACUGGUGGCUCUGGGAAGACUUGGCGAAGUAGCGUAUCACUUUGGAUGAUUCCCCAAUUAUUUUUAAUGAUUCUUUUAAUGUUCUCUGCUUCAGUGCUGUAUUUUGUAACAAAGUACACUCUCUCUGAUGCAUCACGAGGCGCUCCCCUUCGCAACAAGUUCUCGCUGUCAAGUCGUCCGGCCCUUAUACCUGCAUCUUUUUGGACCUGUAGCCCCAAUUCAAGAAGCGAUUCUCCAAUUCAGCAGAUUUGACACUGUAGUCUGUUUCCUGAUCUCAAAUUCUGCGGAGUCUUUGGAAUUGGCCAUAUAGAAUAUUCUCUUUUAGCCUUUUGGGGUGAAAGCUGUCUGCCCUCAGAAUAGGAUUCCCAUCUGUAGGCUUCCUAAAGAUUGAUGUGUGCAAACAACCUUUGUCAUUUUUACUGAUGUCAAGGACCAAAAAAUGAAUGUUAUCCUUGCUGUACUUCAUAGUUAGUUUGAUGUUAGGGUUAAUGCUGUUAAGGUAUUGGUGGAAGGAAAUAAGUUCAUUUUCUGAGCCAGAACAUCAUCAAUAUAGUGUCCCCCACCAUAUAAUCUGGUCAAAUAACUGAUUUUUAGAGGGAUCCAAAAUGAAGUCAUUUUCCCAUUUACCUAAGUACAAACCAGCGUAGGAAGGGCUAAAGCAAGCUCCCAUGGCACAUCCUUUGACUUGUUUAAAAAUACGCUCCUGAAAGACAAAGAUAGGCUGGGAGUGACGGCAGAAAAGGCUUAAUUACGUAAUCAAUGUACUUGGAGAAGGGUUCUGUCAGACUUUCAUUACCACUAAUGACAGGUCUGCCUGGGGGGUUUUCAAGAUUCUUGUGGACUUUUGGAAAAAUAUAAAAAGAAGCCAUACGCGGACUGCCAUUGAAAAUACAUUUGAACUCAUUGUCUGAAAUGUAGCUAUUCUCCUUAGCUUCUGUGAGGAUCCCUUUCAAUUCAGUUGUUAGGUCCUCUGUAGGGUUGAAGGUAAGAGAUUGGUAGAAUUCAUCAUUGUCUAAUUGACGGUAGGCUUCUGUCACAUAUUUGUCUUUACUCCACAAUACUGUAGCGCCACCUUUGUCUGCUUUUUUAACCUCAAUCCGUCCAUUUUUGGACAAUGAUUCAACUGCAUCCCUCUCUGUCUUAGAAAGGUUACGUCGUGUUUGGUUGGAGUCAAUUUUACCCUUAAACAGAUUCUCCACAUCAAAAUUCACCUUCUUGGCAAAUGUAUUUAAUGUGCGUUCUGGACAAUGGGACAAAAGAUGGACUUUGUCUUAAAAGCUGUUUUUGAGCGCCCCCGUUAUAUCUUAAUGUAAAAAAAAUGCAAUGUUCAGAUUAUUAUCAAUAAUUCAUCAACAGAUCAAACAAGUUGUCCACCACAGGACGUCCUGUAUGCAUAACCAUGGUAGCAACUGAAAGGGAACGCUUUGGGGAUCAUUGGGAAUUAUAAGAACAAAGUUGAGGACACAACAGAUCACCAGACACAAGCCUGAAUCCAAACUUCACACUUUUGACUCUGUGAAUUUUAAAUUUACUGUACUUUUCGCAGUAUUUGUUAAUAACGAAAUCAGUAACAUGUUAAGAAUAUUAAUGCAUAAUCUGAAGUAAGUGCAACAUAAGUGCAAAAAAAUUUAAGGGUUAGAGUGUGAGGUAUAACUUGUGUCUCCUAGUGUCCACACACCUCUCAUAUGUGUGCACAGUCCCUAAGUCAUUUCAAUAAACUUUUAUGACUCAAGGAAGAGCCUUCAACUAUUAGGUUCUUGUUUGAGCUCUCCUAGCUGUGCCGUUGAGGAACUAAAGCAAGCACACUUGUAGUUUUUUGUUUGGAACACAGACAUCACACAAGUACUGUUGUUAUUUAAGCAACCCCAAAACAGGACCAUUACAAAUCACAAUCUGGGUCAGUUGGGCAUCAGUUGAAAGCUUAUUCUAUGGCCAAUAUGACUAGCUAAGUUAUAAAAUACGAUCUUACAUGUUAGGCAAAAAUAAAUUGCUUUCAAGCUAAUUUCUUGCAAUACUCUGUAGAGUGACAUGACUCAUGAAAUCUUUUGGCUAUUUCAUGAUAAUAAGGAUAGGGAAAAUUAAGUCUAGACUAUUUUCACAAAUGUUAUUCAGCUAACAAAUAUGUUAUAAUAUUGUAGCCUAAUUUAUGGGUCAUUCCAUGAAAAGAGUGCCUUUUGCGUCCCUUUGAUAUUGUUAGUAGAAAUUGUGCACCAUAAUUGCAUUUUAGAAGCCUGUCUUAAAUGAAGUGCCCUUUAAUAUAGACCACAUGGAAAAUUCAGCAUGACAAUGCCCCCUGCACAAAGCAAGGUCCAUACAGAACCCUGACCUCAACCCCAUCGAACAACUUUGGGAUGAAUUGGAAUGCCGACUGCAAGCCAGGCCUAAUUGCCCGUCCCUUCCUCAGGCACCUUUUCAAGUAAAUGUCCUGGAUGGGUGGAAGCACGGUUCCAGUAAUGAACUGGUUGGUCUUCACCACCUGCUGGAGGGCCUUGCGGUCGUGGACGAAGCAAUUAAUGUACGAGGACAUGAUGCAACUGGUUAGGACGCUCUAGAUGGUGCAGCGGCAAGUCCUCGGUGAUGUGGACGCUGAGGAACUUAAAACUCUUGACUCUCUCUACUGCAGUGCCAUUGAUGUGGAUAAGGGCAUGUUCCCUCCUCUACUUCCUAAAGUCAACAAUCAAUUCCUUUGUUUUGCUGACGUUGAGGGAGAGGUUGUUGUCAUGACACCACAAUGCCAGUUCACUUACCUCCUUCCUAUAGGCUGACUCGUCAUUGUUGGUUAUCAGGCCUACAACCUUGGUGUCGUCAGCAAACUUGAUGAUGAAGUUGGUGUUGUGCAAAGCAACACAUUCGUUGUUGAACAGGGAGUACAGUAGAGGACUGAGGAUACACGCCUGGGGGGCACCUGUGUUAAGAGUCAGUGUGGAGGAGGCGUUGUUGCCAAUCCUCACAGCCUGUGGUAUGGCCGUCAGGAAGUCAAGGAUCCAAUUGCAGAGGGUAGUGUCCAGACCCAGGGCUCUGAGCUUGGUGUCGAGCUUGGAGGUAACAAUAGUAUUAAAUGCUGAACUGUAGUCAAUGAACAGCAUUCUCACAUAACUGUGUUCCUCUUGUCCAGUUGUGUUACGGCCUUGUUAAUAAUGAUGGAAAUGGCAUCUUCCGUGGAUCUGUUGGAGAGGUAGGCAAAUUGGACUGGGUUCAGUGUUCCUGGCAUGCUGGCCUUGAUGUGGGCCAUGACCAGCCUCUCGAAGCACUUCAUGAUGACCGAAGUGAGUGCGACGGGGCAAUAGUCAUUUGGGCGUGUCACCUUGUUUUUCCUGGGUACUGGGAAGAUGGUGGUCUCCUUAAAGAUGACCAGCUGGUGGGGACUGCAGCCUGGGACAGGUUGAAGAUGUCCGAGAAGAUGCCCACCAGCUGGUCAGCACACACUCUGAGGACACGGCCAGGGAUGCCAUCUGGGCUGGCAGCUUUGUGAGUAUUCACUCUUUUGAGAGUUUUCCUCACAUCAGCCUUGGAGAGCGAAUGCACCUGGUCGUCUGGAGCAGCAAGAGUCUUCCUGGAUGGCUUGGUAUUGUCUGCCUCGAAGCGAGCAUAAAAAGUUAAUCUGGGAGGGAGAUUUCGGUGGGCACCGCACAACUGGAUUAUCCUUUGUAGUUUGUGAUAAUCUGUGGUCCUUGCAACAUGCAACGUGAGUCUGAGUUGUCGAACAUCAAUUGACGUUUGAGUCUGUAUUAUCUUUUUGCAUCCCUAAUGGUUUUGUGGAGGUCAUACCUGCAUGCCUUGUACGCAUCGGGGUUUGUUCUGCUGAUAUUGAAUGCAGUACCGGCUCUCAGCAUUGUAUGGGUAUCUCCGUUCAUCCAGGGGUUUUGGUAUGGGUAUGUCCGGAUUGUUAUUGUGGGUACAACGUCAUCAACAUAUUUCCUAAUGAUGCCUUUGACUGAUGAUGCAUAUUCUUCAAUGUUGAUGGAUGAGUCCUGGAUGGAUGAAUCUUUGAACAUAUUCCAAUCACUAUUCUCAAAACAAUGCUGCAGCAUUGAGUCUACUUCCUCAGUCCAGCGCCUCACUAUUCUCUGUGUUGGUGGCUUCCUCUUGAGUUUCUGCUUGUAGGUGGGAAGUAGGAACAGACACGUGAUCUGAUUGGCCGAAGUGGGGCGGGGGAUAGCUUAGUACACAUCGCAGAUGUUUGUGUAUUCAUGGUCAAGCACGGCGGAUCCUCUUGUGGGGAUGGAUACAUGUUGGUGACAUUUUGGGAAAAUGUGUUUUAGAGGGCUUGGUUAAAGUCACCCACGACAAUAAAGACUGCUUCCGGGUGAGAGGAUUCUUGCUGGCUAAUGAUAUUGUACAGUUCGCUGAGUGCCACCUUGGUGUUUGCUUGUGGCAAUAUGUGCACAACUGUGAUAAUAACACAGGUGAAUUCCCUCGGCAUAUAGUGGGGUCGGCAUUUUGGCAUCAGAAUCUCUAGGUCAGGUGAACAGAGGCUCUCAAUUUAUUCAACUUUAGUACUCCACAAUGUUUUUAUGAUGAAACAGAAGCCGCCUUUUGAUCAAUUUGAAAUAUGGAGAAGCCGUCUGGUUGAAUAGCAGAGUCAAGUGUAUUUUCCAUAAGCCAAGUCUAUGUAAAAACAAAGACAUAGCAUUUGCUGAUGUCCUUCUGCGAUGGAAGCUCACAAGUUCACAAAGUAUAUUUUCCAGCUAUUGGACAUUAGCCAUCAGGAUACUAGGAAGAGGAGGCUGUGUAGCCUGUCUUUUCAGCCUAGCUUGGAGUCCCCCUUUCCUUCCUCUUCUUCGUCGCAGGCUUUGCCUUAGGUCAAUCUAGGCCAGGAGCAACAAAUAACCAACUGUGUGGGGAACAAAGGAGUGAAUGUAGUAUUUCAGAUCUGGGAGGCUGCGAGAUAAGUGUGUAGUUUACGAUUCAUGUUCCAGAAGUAUUUGUCAGUUGUAGGACAUUUUUGCACAAACAUUCUGAGCAAACAAAGUAAUAAUGAACACAAAAAUUGCCAUAAAAAAGCGAAGUCGGACAGGAACCGUCAAGACACGCGCCCUCCUCAGUGCCGCUGCCUUUUAGCUUAUGAACCAUACGUCAGAUUCAUUCCAGAUGUUGUAUUUAGACUCAUUACAGCAGUCUACAAUGUCCACACACCGUGGAAAUCUACUUAGCAUAAUAGCAAAAUCCCCAUAAAAUGAUAUCAGAGCGACAACGGUUUGUCAGACCAUUAGACAUGCUGAAAAUUGGUCCUCUCAUGAAAAUGUCUGUGGUGUCAGAAAGGUUUGGCCUACAAACUACUAUGACCCCUUUAUGGAAAGAUGAAAGCCUCCCGAACACGAUGGUGUUCUUCGCUGUACGACCCACAGAAGCACCAUGGGACUCUUCUGAAAUCGGUACCGCCGAUCUGCCAAAUUCUGUUUGUAGCGUCCGAACAGUUUGGCCUACACACUAAUAUGACCCCUCUAUGGAAAGGUGAGACUUUUAUUUUAUGGCUGGUUAUGACACCGACAUACUGUAAGUUUCAAACCCACCACACAAGGCAAAACAUUCCAUUACACCAUAUCCUACUUGUCAAUAGUAUGUUUAUAUUAUAUAACAUUUUCUUACCAUAUUAAAUUAUCAUUGUAAUUGCUCACACAUUGAUGUCAGACAUGCACCAACCCCAAUGCUCUGUUGCUGAUGACUGGGAUGAAUGCAGGAGCAGAUUUCAGGAGCAGGACAAGACACCCUCUUUUUGACUGAUGACUGACAAUGACAUGUAGUGAUAGGCUUAUCUGGCUUAUAUGAUUAUGAUGUCAUGAUGCUUCUGGACAGUGAGAUAAAGUGCAUUUACUUAGUCCAAUUAAAGUGACACAGAAUGGUCAUAAUGCUUCAUGACAGUGUCAAAGUGUAUUUUCUACAAGUUAUUUAAAAUAUGAUAGAAAAAAAACAUGACAACAACAACAAAGGAUUUUAAGAAACAAACUUUUCAAACGUAAGGAAACUUCUUGGCAGGGAAAAAACACAUAUGAGUAAAUGUGGGUUUUUACACUCUUAUGUAGGUGUCAUAACAAGCCAUGAAAUAACGCAAUAUAUGUCAAAACAGAUGUAAAUAUAUGGGUCAUGAAAGUGUUAUGACCAUAUUAUCACAGGUUAUGACACAUUAUGUCAGCUGUUAUGACAUACAGUAUUGUGACAUGGUUAUGACUUGUCAUAACGUGUUAUGACGCUGGGUGUCAAGUGUUACCGUUUUUUUACCUUACAAAGUAAAUUGAUGUCAGUUGAUACAUUCAUGAUGUAAAAUAUAUAGAAGUUUACAGUAUUCUCAAACUAUAUACGUAAACUAGGCACUAUACAAUUUUGGAUCAGUAGUUAUCAGUUUUGAGCAGUUUAAUUAAGUCAGAGUUAAAUAUAUUGUUAACAAAAGACAAGAAAAACACAUCAAAAUAAAUAUGAAUAUAACAUUAUGAACAGCAGAUACUUAGAUUCUAUGUAUAUAUACACUACCGGUCAAAAGUUUCAGAACAAAUCAAAUCAAAUCCAAUGUUAUUGUCCACAUGUGCCGAAUACAAUAGGUGCAGACAUUACAGUGAAAUGCUUACUUACAGCCCUUAACCAACAGUGCAUUUAUCUUUUAAUAAAAAUGUAAAAUAAAACAACAACUAAAAAGUGUUGAGAAAAGAGCAGAAGUAAAAUAAAAUAACAGUAGGGAGGCUAUAUAUACAGGGGGGGUACCUGUGCAGAGUCAAUGUGCGGGGGCACCGGCUAGUUGAGGUAGUUGAAGUAAUAUGUACAUUUUGGUAGAGUUAAAGUGACUAUGCAUAAAUAAUUAACAGAGUAGCAGCAGCGUAAAAAGAUGGGGUGGGGGUGGGGGGGCAGUGCAAAUAGUUUGGGUAGCCAUGAUUAGCUGUUCAGGAGUCUUAUGGCUUGGGGGUAGAAGCUGUUGAGAAGUCUUUUGGACCUAGACUUGGCACUCAGGUAACACCUACUCAUUCAAGGGUUUGUCUUUAUUUUUACUAUUUUCUACAUUGUAGAAUAAUAGUGAAGACAUCAAAACUAUGAAAUAACACAUGGAAUCGUGUAGUAACCAAAAAAGUGUUAAACAAAUGAAAAUAUAUUUUAUAUUUGAGAUUCUUCAAAUAGCCACCCUUUGCCUUGAUGACAGCUUUGCACACUCUUGGCAUUCUCUCAACCAGCUUCAUGAGGUAGUCACCUGGAAUGCAUUUAAAUUAACAGGUGUGUCUUCUUAAAAGUUAAUUUUAAGGGGGGGGGGGGGGGGGGGGGGGGGGGGUAACAGAAGAUAGCCCUAUUUGGUAAAAUGCCAAGUCCAUAUGAUGGCAAGAACAGCUCAAAUAAGCAAAGAGAAACGACAGUCCAUCAUUACUUUAAGACAUGAAGGUCAGUCAAUACGGAACAUUUCAAGAACUUUGAAAGUUUCUUCAAGUGCAGUCGCAAAAACCAUCAAGUGCUAUGAUGAAACUGGCUCUCAUGAGGACAGCGACAAGAAUGGAAAACCCAGAGUUAACUCUGCUGCAGAGGAUAAGUUCAUUAGAUUUACCAGCCUCAGAAAUUGCAGCCCAAAUAAAUGCUUCACAGAGUUCAAGUAACAGACAUCUCAACAUCAACUGUUCAGAGGGGACUGUGUGAAUCAGGCCUUCGUGGUCGAAUUUCUGCAAAGAAACCACUACUAAAGGACACCAAUAAUAAGAAUAACAGACCUGAUUAGGCCAAGAAACACGAGCAAUGGACAUUAGACUGGUGGAAAUGUGUCCUUUGGUCUGGAGUCCAAAUUGGAGAUUUUGGGUUCCAACUGCCAUGUCUUUGUGAGACGCAGUGUGGGUGAACGGAUUAUCUCCGCAUAUGUAUUUCACACCGUAAAGCAUGGAGGGGGAGGUGUUAUGGUGUGGGGGUGCUUUGCAGGUGACACUGUCUGUAAGCAGCCAACAAGUGCUCAGCAUAUGUGGGAACUCCUUCAAGACUGUUGGAAAAGCAUUCCAGGUGAAGCUGGUUGAGAGAAUGCCAAGAGUGUGCAAAGCUUUCAUCAAGGCAAAGGGUGGCUAUUUGAAGAUUCUCAAAUAUAAAAUAUACUUUGAUUUGUAAACUUUUGUGUUUACUACAUGAUUCCUUAUGUGUUAUUUCAUAGUUUUGAUGUCUUCAAUAUUAUUCUACAAUGUAAAAAACAGUAAAAAAUAAAGAAAAACCCUUGAGUGAGUAGGUGUGUUCAAACCUUUGACUGGUAGUGUGUAUAUAUACAUAUAUAUAUAUAAUAAUUUGUUUGAGUGAUUUGGUGCAGGGAACAUGUAACUUUGUGCAUUUAUUUGUUGUACUCCGUCAAUUGAAACAUCUGUUUUAAUUUGUGUGCUAAAAGUUGUGAAAAUAAACCACAUUCUAGUGAAAAUUGCACCAAAGUGAUGACAUUUUUUUUUAUCAGAGGGUAGCAACAAGAAGCAAAACACACAGUUUGUAUUCAUCAGCAGAAUGCAAUGUCAGUAGAAAAAUCCAACCAAUCUAUUAGCUAUAUAAAUUAAAGUCCAACAAUGUCAAAUAUAUACUGUAAUCAGCCUUUUUAUUUAUAACUGUUAAUGACCUUCAACAUUCUUACUGAAACAUUAUUGCCUUCUUUUUCAGAGUCCAUGCCACAACAUGAAUAACAACUAAUAUUCAGAAAACUGGUUCAGCUUGGGACGGGAGACAAUAAAGAUGGCAAACAAUAAGGGUUCAUUACUGUCCAAUGCCAGAGGUCGUGAAAUUUAUGUUGGAAGGGAAUUCAGGGAUUCCAUUUCACUUCUGGAUGUUUUGUACGCAAAUGAAUUUGAAGAAGAGGACAUAGACUCAGCAGUAGCUAAGAAGACAGAGGCAGAUUUUUACAGAGGAGCCCCACCUCAAUGGCUUAACUUCUACUGGGAUGAAAGGGCAACGUCAGUUGAUAAAACAACCCCCUUUAUCAAAAGAGACGGUUACAGUGAGCUGAUAAAAAAUAUUCAGAAACGGCGUAAGAGAGACCUCACUUCUACCAUCAAGCUGCUGCAUCAGCCAGGCAGCGGGGGAACCACUAUGGCCAAGCAGGUGCUCUGGGAUAUGCGUAAAAAGCUCAGAUGUGCUGUUCUGACAGGCCCUACCUCAGACAUCACCGCUAUCGCCAAGCAGGUGAUUCACCUUUUCACUGCAGGCAGUCAACGCAACCAGACCACUGUGCUCUUAAUGCUGGAAGAUGAGCGUAUUCUGGAGAAUCUGCAGGAUGCCAUCAUUAAAGAGAUUGCAGAGAGAAACAUCACGACCCACAAGCCUGUGGUCAUCAUUCUAAACUGUGUACGUAAGGCAGUUAUCAAACAAGAGGACCAUAACAACUCAAGACAUGUUAUUCUCAGGAUGGAACUUUCUGAAGCAGAGAAACAACAGUUUGAGGAGAAACAGAUUGAGAUCAGCCGAAGAUACAGCAAUGAACACAAACUGUUUCAUGGCUUUAACAUAAUACGAGAACAUUUUCGUGGAGAUUAUGUUAGUAAAACAUGUGCCCUUUUAGGAGAUGUUAGGAAAAAUAGAAGACCUAAAAAUUCCCAGCUUCUUGCAUUCUUAUCACUGGUGAAUGCCUACGUCCCUGGCUCCCACCUUCUGCAAUCUCAAUGUCAGGCAUUCCUUGGACCUCCAGAUCCCAUUUACGGAGGUCCUUCCUUUGAGCAGCGAAUGGAGCCUUUCACUCAUCUGAUAGUGACAUUCCCUGCACGACAGGGACAAGACAAACAUGUCCGCAUGGCUCACCCACUGAUUGCACAGCAGUGUGUUAAGGUACUCGCUACGGCAGGUGUGACCAGGAGUGAUACAGCAAGGAACUUUCUGUCAGAAUUUUGUAGAGAAGAUGUGCAACAAUUUUUAGUUCAAGACAUGCUAACAAAAAGGGAAAUGGGAGAUGAGAGGAAAGACAAGUUUUCCAGGUUGAUUCAAGAUAUUGAAGGCAAAGAAUCCAAAAGCAAGUGUGUAUCUGUUUUACGUUUAGCUUCAGAGAAAUUCAUGCAAAACCCAUUUUUUCCUCAAAAUCUUGCUCGUUUUUUUUACAUUGAGACAAGAGACUAUCUUAAAGCGGUGAAGUGGGCAAAGAUAGCGAAAGACAGAGAUCCUAAGAGUUCAUUUGUUGCUGACACACUGGGGCAAGUAUACAAGAACCAGUUGAAGAGCAGGAUCAAAGUAGAGCAGGGUUCCAUCAGGGUCCCUAAAGAGCAGGGUUCCUUCAAGGUUCCUGAAGAGCAGGGUUCCAUCUCUGCACAAGACAUUUUGCAACUGUCAAAAAAGGCCUUUGAGGCUUUCAAAGAUGAGGAAAGGGCUGCUGAAAAUGAGCAGGGAGCAGACAUGCAAGACGAUGGUAUGACCAAAGUGUCAAGCAUCUUUAACAACAGAGGACUAUUUGGUUAUCUACAGGUUGCCAACAUUGUUUUUGACUCGCUUGUCUCUCUUGACAAACACUGGCAAAAGGUUCUUACCAUGGAAAUAUCAGCUGACUCCUUCUUCAUAUCAAUUGGACAAAAAAAGCUCUUCAAGUACAAGUCACUCAUCAGCAGCCUCAGGGAUGAGGUGGAGAGGAUAUGUGAGUUUUUUGAUGGUUACCUGAUUUACUCCAAGCCCAGCAUAGAGAAAAAUGAACCGCCUUACUUUUGGACUGAUGUCAAGAACUGCUACCGCAAAUAUGUGGGGACAUGCACACCUAUACACUCAGAGUUUGCAAUAGGUAUACCCCUCCAGAAACUCAAAGAAGAAAUGGCCAUUGCCUUCCCUGGACUGCUUUCCUGUCUUGAUAAGGGCUAUGAUAAAACUCACUUGCGCCGAAUAACAAUAUUGUGGGAGGAAAUAAAAAAAGAAUGGGAAAAAAAGAAAGUUGGUGACAACAAAGCUGCCCAAAACUUCAUCCUUGCCAACAUCAUCUUAAGCAAAGUGGAAGCAGCAUCUCCAGUGCUUACCCCUUUGCCAAUCCUAAGACGUAUUCUGGAAAGACAUCUAUUGGCCAAUUUCGGUAACCAAACCCCAGAGUUUUACUUCUUAGUCCUUUUGCUGUAUUGGCCCGAGGAACAUAAGAAAAUGGAUUUCGAUAUUGACCUCAACAAACAUGUUCUGGAGAUGCAAGACUCCUACGAAAACACAUACAAGAAGUAUCUUCGCUCAAGGUACCUUCGCCCCCUUAUUUUCCUGGCAAAGGGUGAGGGUUUGAGCAGACUGGUUCAUAGCUCAAAAAUAGACAACCUAUUGGCAAGGGAGAAUCCAAUGGCUAGGCCAAAGGCAAGGCAAGACUUUAUCACUAAAAAGUGGAACAGUGGUGAGGUGUGGAGAGAACCCGUUGUCCAGGAUCUUCUUCUUCCAGUCAAUGGAGUGGUUAGACAGCACAGGGUGUUUGCGUGCGUUGAUGGCAAGGAGAUUGAAGUUUGUGCCUACCAACAAAGCAAAGUUUGGAUGUCCGGAGACGUCUGCUUCUACCUUGGCUUCACCAUAAGAGGUCCUGUGGCCUAUGGCAUCCACUACCCAUCCCAUUCAGAUAGGAUUAAAGAGGAGGAGCCUCGUAAAAAGUUGGAAGUACCUGACAUCAAAUCAAUGAAAGACGGUAAGACAGUUCUAAUUCAAAUGUUCUAAUUUUCAUGUCUAUAUUCUCUCACUCAUGUUCAAGUUCUUGAUAUUUUAAUAUGCGAAUACACAAUAUAGUGACACGAGCGUCCAACCCACCAAUCUACACAGGGGAAACAGUGACGCUGGGAGCAUUUUUAAGUAAUCUCAAAGGAGAUCAUUGUUAGCACUAAAUAUCAUUGUUAUGAUAUUUGUGAUAUCAUUGAAUUUAAAAUGCUUUGUGUACCAGGAAAUUAAGACCACUGUAUUAUCAUUGAGUUUAGUGCUGUAAUGAAUACUCAGGAAGAAAAAGGUGUAGAUUCACGCGCAGAGCGCGGCAGGUGUUUAUGUCGUAGGAAUCAUGGUCACAGGCAGGCAAUGAUCAUACACAGGUAGGCAAACAGGCAGGUGAAACACAAACUAGGACUGAAGGCAAUAACUGGUUCUCACAAACGAGCUAGGAAAAGUCUUAGUAGAGUCAAAACGAACUAUACCUCACAAGGCACAAACAGAAUGAACUGAACUAAAUAAGGAGAUAAUGAGACCAGGUGAGUAACAAAUACAGGUGAAACAGGGCUACGUUCAAGAACACAAGGUUGACUAAGAAAAUAAAUACAGAACCUUACAAGUGCUUGAUGUGGUUGAUUUUCUGAUUGAUGUGUCUGUCCCCAGGGGCUGUGAGAAGUUGAACAAGAUGUGCCAAUGUGAUGGUGAGUUAAUGUUUGUUACAGUCUUUAUAGUGUACAAUAGUAGUAGAACAUCUACAACACCACCUAUGUUGAAUGUGCUCUGUAUUCAUGAAUAUAAAAAAAUAUGUUUGGGAAAUCCUACAUUUAGCUCCAGUUUCACAGCUGGCAGCUGCACUCUUAGAAAGCAGCAGUGCUACAUUUGUAAAAUUGUAAGGUGCCAGAACAAAAAGUGAGCGCGAGAGGGGGGUGACCUAUAUAUUUUUUUAAAUAAUAAAGCACCCACUUUUAUAAUAAAGCAUUGUAUGCAUUAUCAUCACUUUUGUGUGCUGGCAUACAGCAGUAGGGUAGAGCUGCUUGUAGAAGUUGCACAGAUGUGUACACAUUUUUUUAAAGCCUUGGGUUCAGGUGAAAUGUGGCCUUUUAUAGAUGUAUUUCAUGCAAUUCGACAUAAUUUUAGAUGACUGGAGACUUUAGCAGACUCUUUUAUAAUACCUCACAAAUGAUCGAAAUUACAGGCUACUUUGACACUUACAAACUGAGAAUCUGAGAUCAAUAAAAACUUUUUUUCUUGAAUCCAUCAAUAGCUUAGGCCUAUGUGGGUGGCAGUGGCGAUUUUAGCAUGUAAAUCUUGGUGGGGCAAACUCCAAAAUGUUUGGAUGCAUACCAGCAAAGCCAAUAACCAAUAAAAAAAAUCCAGCACCCUUCCGCGCUUAUGAUUCUAUAGGGAAAUACAUGAUGAAGUGCAACGCUGGAGAGAUGAGUUGCAGGCUCAUGUCUAUCAGAGCAGAUCAAGGGAGACAGAUAAUAGAAAGUUAAUCUCAUUCUAGUUCGGUGAGAGAUACAGGCACGCUUCUCUCACCACAGCAGUGGCCAAGCGUUAGUCUAGGCUACAAUGUUGCGCAAACCAUAAACCCUGGCUGGCCCAACACAAAUCAAUUCUUAGAGUAUCAGGCAUGUUUUCACAUUACUUUUUUAGGGGGUAGGAGAAUUGCAGCGCAGGCAACUUGAAUUAACUCUGAUUUUUAUUAGAAUUUGUACAUUGCAAACAGUGAAAAUAAUUGUUCAUGCCACAAGAGGUAACGGAUCCUGGCAAAUGGGUUCCGGAACAAAACAGUCCAAAACUGAGAGGGGCCGGAUCAAAUUAAGGUCCCGUGUAGCUCAGUUGGUAGAGCAUGGCGCUUGCAACGCCAGGGUUGUAGGUUUGAUUCCCACGGGGGGCCAGUAUGAAAAAAAAAAGUAUAUAAAAAAAAGUAUGCACUCACUAACUGUAAGUCGCUCUGGAUAAGAGCGUCUGCUAAAUUACUAAAAUGUAAAAAUGUAAGCGCUGCUCUCCAAAUCCGCUACAACACCGCUAUUUUGCAGUCCAUUAUGAACCUAUAUAUUGAGUAGCCUAACAUGUAGGCUAAUGGUACCUUACAGUGGGCAAAUUAAAGUAAAUGAUAGGCCUAUCCAACGGCUGUGGGAUGAAUGAACAAUGAAGCAGGGGUUUUACGCAAGUGUCUGUGGGAGCAGCCAGGAGAGGCAACUCCAGGACCGCUAGUGCAUGCGCAAACGAGCUAAUCUGAGGCGCUUUGAUUCAUGGCUGGAUUCUCCCUUUCUUGAAAUAAUCAUUGAUCUAAAUAUAGGCCUAUUAGAUAAUGAUGAUAGGCUGUAAAUAAAUAAUCACUGAUCUGACAUGACUUGGUUUGUAGCCUAUAGCGUAUUAAAUUAUUUCACUAUUCAUCUAUCAGCGAUGUCUUCAAUGGGAGGAAUGAAGGAUGCACAGGUUAUCCCAAAACAGGGGCAUCAUCGCCGUUACAGGCUAUAUGUUGCAGCUAUACCGCAAACUUAGACUAGCACUUGUUCACCUUGUAGAGGCUAGUGCCUAGACCUGUUGGCUGUUAGUUAUAGUAAAUGGAACGAAAAAUGACUGUCUCAGAUGGGGGUUUACCCAAACCCCUGCCCCCCUGCCCCGUGGAUAUGCAAGCUCCAUGACAGGGUUUUGGGGGCAGCCCUUGAGUCUGACAGGGACGCGCAAUCCUUCUCCACGCAAUCAUUGACCUACAUUCACAAGAUAAUAAGUAUAGGCCUAUGACACUACUACAUUGGAUGUGUAGCCUACAUAAAACACCAUGCCAUUACGUACACAUUUGUAAGUUAACCUUUCAUUUCGACAUAAAGGCUGCUGGCCUAGCUGUUACUCUCUAAGAUACGAUGCACGGGUGUUGACAUACGCAGGGGAUUGAGGAUAACAUUGUAGCGAAUUCGAAGGGCACCAUGACAGGGACUGAUGCACGCAACUCCAUUUCUCUUCGCAGUCUGACAACGCACCAUGGCCGUUAGAAUGGUAAUGCUUUGGGGAUACCGUGUGUGUGUGUGUGUGACGCCUGUUUGAACGAGUGUAUUAGACCUCCCCGAACCUCCAUCCACACAUACACCAGCAUACACACACAACUGUCUCUACCUAUGUAUGUAAACACACAGAUUGGGAUAAAACACCUCAUCCAAUUCCGUGUGGUUCCUCCUUCUGAAAAUAAUCUAUGGCACAACCUCCUGCAGGUGCUAAUAGGCCUACUUAUAAUAAUAUGGUUAUUAUGUGCUAAAAGAGAAAGGAUUUCCUUGUUACUAAAGUCAAUUCUAAAGUAUAGUUUCACCAGGUCAUCAAACUGCAGGUAUUUCAAUGGUGGCGUGCACAGCAAUAGGGAGCCAGGGAGACAUGCAGUUAACCAAAUCCCCUUGAAAUAUAAAUGUAACUAAAUUUAUACUCAAAAUGUUGACUUUAUUCUCGAAAUUACAUUUAGAGUUUAUUCUCGAAAUAUUGCCUCUUUAAACUCGAAAUUUCGCCACUUUAUUCACGAAAUUGAAUGUCGGUUUAAUUCUCGAAAUAUUGCCACUUUAUUCUCGAAAUAUUGCCACUUUUUUAAAGUACUACCAUACAAAAAAACAACAACAUCCAAGUACCACCACCUGUUGCCGUUUUAUUUAAUUUUUCUCUUCACUUGGCCCUAAUACUCUUCCGUAUCAUCCAAGCUUCAGCACAAUUUAUCAUAUUUUUUUAUUUCGUUUUUGUGUAUUACAUUUGUGAAUGUCAUCGUGUUUAAAUGCAGUUGUUCUGCAACCAAUCUUUACCUCAGACCUCAGACCAGCACUUUGUGGACUUCCACCGGACAGACCUGAUCUAG